AUGUCCCUUAUUGGGGAAUAUCCAUGCAGUAAUGCCACUGUUCCGACUGUUCUCUCAUUCACAACCGCCUCCGUCUCCGCACUAAUUAGUAUCGUCGCUAUCGUCGGAAACUCACUCGUUCUACUCGCCGUCUUUUUGGACCCGUACAAAAAUCUCCGAUCGCCAUUCAACUAUUUCGUUGCGAACUUGGCAUUUGCAGACCUUCUGGUUGGAAUCGGUAUCGCCCCUAUGUCGGUAAUAUACCAUGUAUCCGAAGGACUCAAGAGCCGUUUGAAACCUGAGAUCCACGAGUAUUUAUUCUUCUCGUACUUCACUGUGUGCAAUGCAUCUCUUUUCGGCUUGAUCAUUUUGGGAGUUGAUCGGUAUGUAUCUGUCUCGUAUCCAUUGUUUUAUAUGGUCUGGCUGGAUCGUUGGAAAGCGUUUCUUAUAUCUGCCAUCGCUUGGGUCAUCUCUGCAUUGCUGUCGUUGAUGUACUUCCAAUUUGGGUUGAAUAUUUAUCGAUUCGUUUUUGCCAACGUUGCCAUUAUCGUGACGUUUGCGGUUCUUAUUGUCACCAAUGCAAAAAUCCUUAGAAUCUUUCAAGAGCAAGCUAGAAGAUGGGAAGAUCUACACGACAGCACCGAGGAGAAUAUUGCUAAGAAGAGAGCUUUGGAAUGGGAGAAGAAGAUGACUAAAGCUCUUGUGAUCGUGCUGGUGGUAUUUCUGGCUUGCUUCCUUCCAUCGUGUGUUUGUAUUUACAUUAUAAACUUGUGUAGUACAUGCAAUUGUGUGUUUAUCAACUGGAUUCGGGAUGUUCAAUUUUAUCUUGUGAUGGCUAAUUCAGGGAUAAAUCCAAUUGUGUAUCCCUGUAGAAUGCAAAAUUACCGGCUAGCCAUCAAGGGAAUUCUCUCGUGUGAGUUACGCAGAGGACAACUUAUGAGGAAUGUUUCAGAGAGUCGCAUAAUAACGGCCACCACGGAAGUGUCUUGACCCUCAUAUUUAGCAAUGCAGAGAAUAAAAGAAAAACACAUAAAGUAAACACAAACAGAUUAAAACAAAAUAUGCCAGUGAUAGCUGUAUUUGAUACUUACUUCAGGUAGCCGGCACCGAAGCAUUCCUAUCGCACGUGAGAAUUUUGCUUGGAGCUCGGAUUCUGGAUUUCAAAGCCCAGGAUUCCGGAUUGCACAAGCAUUCCAAAAUCCGGAUUGCCUUUUAUAAGAUCGAGUACUGCAUUUGAACCAGAUUUAACCUUACUAUUGAUAACUAAUUAUAUCACUACUAAAUUGUUCGCCUUGAGGAAGGCCACAACGCUGACCCUUAGCUAUAAUGCUCUGCCGAGAAACUUAUCAUCUGCAGUGCUUCGCAGUCUUUAUUGAUGCUAUCAAUUCACCAUAUACAGGUCAUACCCUAAAGCUAUUCUCUGUUUUCCCUGUAGCAAAAAAGAGUGCAAACCAUUAAAUAAAGAAUGUGGAGAAUGAAAGAAUAUAAAUAAACAAAAGGCCUCGCCAAGAUUCACUUUGCGAUAUUUCACUAGGAUUGACGAUAAAAAGGCAAAAUGAAAAAGCCAAAAUGUGGGAUGGGGUGGGGGAAUGUUGCUAUGAAAAAUUAUGUCAUUUGAAAAUGCAUGCAUAAGGUUAAGUUCGUAAUCCUUGGUUUUCUGACGGUAAAAAGGAAAUUAAAAUAAAUAAAUAAAUAAUGAGAAGUCAUAAACCUCCUCUGACUACGUUAAGUUAAUUGCAUAAGGUGCCCAUAGACUCAGAGGUCAUGUAGAGAUUUAAUACAUUAAGCCGGAAGCUAUGUAGUACAGAGGGUUCAAUCCUAAUGGUGCUGUCUUUAUUCUUGGACAUGUAUGUAUUUCCGAAACUUCGUUUUUCUGGUUGGGGCCACGAAGCCGCUUGAGGAAGUUGAAAAUAUGUCCUUCCUCGGCAAAUAUUCCUGUGGCAAUACCACAGUGCCGAUAUGUUUAUCAUUCUCGACAGCUGUUUGUUCUACACUGAUCUCAAUCGUCGCGACCGUUGGAAACUCCUUUGUCGUUCUUGCUGUUUUCCUGAAUCCCAACAAGGACUUGCAAUCACCUUUCAACUAUCUUGUAGUCAAUCUGAGUAUAGCAGAUCUCGCCGUUGGACUCAUUACCGCUCCUCUUAGUGCAGUGUAUCAUUUCUUUCAAGGACUCGAUAUCAUUGAUCAAAGUCUUCGAGGAACGAUGCGUGUGUCCUUUUUCAUUUCCUGUACUGCCUCGAUCGUAAGCCUGUCCGCCCUGGCGCUAGAUCGGUACGUCGCUAUUACAUAUCCUCUGUUUUACAGGUCAAACCCCAACACAAAACGAAGUCUCUUAGUGGCCAUUGGUGUCUGGAUGGUCUCCAUUCUAUUAUCCAUGAUUUAUUUUGCAGUGGGUUACAAUAAGUUCUUGUUCAUCGUUGCAAACACAGCCCUCGUUGUCACCUUUGUCGUCUUGCUUUUUACCAGCGUAAAAAUUUUCAAGUUCCUGCGCGCUCAAGUUAAACAAUGGGACAAUCUGCAUGACAGCUCUGAAGAAAACCUGGCAAAAAAGCAAGCGAUCAAGAGGGAGAAAAAAAUUACAAAGACCCUUGUUAUUAUGUUAUUGUUUUUCUUAGCUUCCUAUUUGCCAUCUUGCAUCUGCAUCUAUAUCAUAAACUUUUGCUCCAAUUGCGAUUGUGUGUCUAUUAUGUGGCUAAAAGACAUUCAGUUUGUCGUAAUGAUGACAAAUUCUGGAGUGAAUCCAUUUGUAUAUGCUUGGAGGUUAGAGAAUUUCCGCAAAGCGUUUAAGAGUAUCUUGACUUGCCAAGCAUUCCUGAAACUUCGGUCCUUAACACAGGUGUCGACUUUGACUACUGAUGGGUCGUUGAAUACAAACACCGGUGAUACUAUCAAAUCUGAGGUCGUUUAACUGCUUUUUAAAAUGCACUUUUCUCAUAGUGGCAUUGGUAAAAUUUUAGGGUUAGAUAAAUUUAGUUUUGCGGGAUGAGGAGGUUGAUUGAGUGAGUUAAGUUUGUUCGUCCAUUCGUUUGUUUGUUUGUUUUUCUUUCUUUUUGCUUUAAUGGGGGCCAUGCGGUAAGAGGGGAGGGGGUGUUCUUCGGAGGCCCCCCCAUCGGCCUACUGAAAUUACUCAGGAAGAUGUAGUCAUGAUCAGUGGUCGUUAUUUCUUGGAAUCAUCUGGAUCUAACUUCAUUGACAAUAUGGCUUGAUUGACAGCUGAACGUCAUUAUGACGUAAUAAUCAUGAAUGUUAACCCUUGUUUCAACAAUUUUUCACUUUAAAGUAGCCAUAAAGCAAAAAAAAAAUUAUUAUUAUAAGUGGUAGGGUUCCUGAUAAAAUCACGAAAUGGUGCUAAAUGCCUCUUUCAAGACAUGCGCAAACCUUGAUUACUGAUGCGCUUCGUGAAUGCAGUGAAUGUGACUAUUAUUGUAAGGGGUCGUUUUUCCGGGGGCAGAUCUAAAAAUAAAUUAAGGAAUCGGCCACAGCUUGUCUGACGGUUCAAGUGUAGAAACCGAAACUAAAGACCCCGGCGGAAGAAUUUCGUAUUCUGAAAUUUUGCGGCACGUUUUUUUAAAUCAUCGUGGCUGCUGACUGUUGAGGAAAAAAGAAAAUGUCUCUUCUUGAAAAGUAUCCGUGUGACAAUACCACAGCGCCGACAUAUUUAUCUUUCUCAACGGCCUGUUGCUCCGCACUCAUUGCAUUCAUCGCGACUGUUGGAAACUUCCUUGUGAUUCUUGCUGUUAUCCUAAAUCCCUGCAAGGACCUGCGAUCACCUUUCAACUACUUUGUAGCCAAUCUGAGCUUUGCGGAUCUUGUCGUUGGACUAAUCGUUGCUCCCCUGAGCGUAGCCUACCAUGUUAUGGAGGGAGUCAGUCACCGGAACCAGUACCUAGAAGAUACGCUGCAUGUGGGUUUUUUUAUCUCCUGCACCGCUUCACUCCUGAGCUUGGCAGCCUUGGCAGUAGAUCGGUACGCGGCAAUUACGUACCCCCUGUUUUACAGAAGCAAGCUCAAUCCGGUUCGAACAUUCUUAGCGUCUCUUGCUGUUUGGAUCGUCUCCAUUUCAUUAUCAGUCUUCUACUUUGUAGUAGGUUACAACAAGUUUCGUUUCAUCUUCGCGAAUACUGUCGUCGCUGUGACAUUUUUUGUACUACUUUUUACUAAUUCAAAAAUUUUCAACUUCCUCCGCGUACAAGUAAAUGAAUGGGACAACCUCCAUAACACUACCGAGGAAAACUUGGCGAAGAAACGAGCGAUCAAGUGGGAGAAAAAGAUCACAAAGACACUUGUUAUUGUAUUGCUGUUAUUUUUAGCUUGUUAUUUACCAUCGUGCAUUUGUAUCUACAUCAUCAAUUUUUGCGCUAGCUGCCAUUGUGUGUUUAUUCACUGGGUCAGAGACAUUCAGUUUGUUCUCGUGAUGGCAAAUUCGGCAGUAAAUCCUUUCGUGUAUGCAUUAAGGUUAGAGAACUUCCGCAAAGCCUUUAGGAGUAUCUUAACGUGCCGUGCAUGCCUUCGUCGUCUACGGUCCAUCUCAAUAAAUCUAACGCAAUUAUCGACAUUAAGCACUGAUGAGCCAUCGAAUAGUAAUGCCGCUGGAGGACAAGCAGACGUCUGUUGA